AUGAACCACACUUCUUACGGUAAUGAGAAAAGCGUCAUACAAAAUACAUUUAUCCGAGUAAUAAGAGCCGUAGCCCUGGAAGGUUACACUGGUGGCAUUGGUGAGUCAAGCACAGACCACUUAUCAAGGAAAAGCAAAGAAAUUGCGGAACUGUGGAAUAAAGAUAAAACAGUAAAGCAGAACUUGGAAGAUAUUGGACUUGUAUAUGAUGUAAAUAGAGCUCUAAAAUUCUUACCGGAAAGUUCAAAAAGCGGAGAAACAGAAGAAAUGGAUGUUGAAGAAAUAGCAGCAAUUGACAGUAUUAAGGGACAAAAAAGUUCUCAAGAUAAGUUGAACGUUCUCAGAUUUCCAAUGCGGCAAAAGGACAUCGACGUUUACGUUUAUCUGAUAAAGCGGUACGGUGAGGAUUAUGAGGCAAUGAGCCGUGAUCCGAAGAAUAUCAAACAGAACACGCCAUUACAGUUGCAGAAGAAAUUACGGGUUUUUAGACGUUCCCCAGAGUUUCCGAAGUACUUCAGUAUCUCAUAA